AUGAAGGUGUAUAACUGGGAGCACUCAACAUCAUAUAAGCACAAAAAGGUCAAAAAGGCUGGCACGGUGGUCUUUCGUCCGGAUGAAUCCGUUGAUAGGAGCUUUGAAAGACUGCAAAGAGAGUACUCAUUGAAACAAAUCAAUCAUUCAGCAUCCCUGCCUUUAGCCAAGGAACAUGCACCAAAUGGAUCUCAGGAGGAUGCAACGUCACUCAUCCAGCGGAAGGUUUCUCUUAUGAGGCCAGAGACCGUAUAUGCACUGAAGCAUAAAAUGGGUUUUAGUGAACUCCUGCCAUGCCAGGCUCAAUGCUACCGUGGUAUUUUUAACAGUCGAGAUGUUAUUUUGCAUAGUCGAACUGGCAGCGGUAAAACCCUUGCAUAUGCCCUUCCAAUCAUUGAGCGUCAUUUCAUUGUAGAUGCCAAUGAGGAAGGUUCUUCUUCCAGGCCUUAUGGAGUUCGCCACCGUGUCACACAGACCACAGAUUCUGCGCAGCAAGAAGGUCCAUUCUUACUUAUCUUUGUCUUUAGCAACGAUUUGGCUAUGCAAACCAAGGGUGUACUCGCGAAGAUUUACCCAACCUUAAGUAUAGGCAUUGCAGGCCUUGAUGACACGUCAUGGUCGGUGUACAAUAUUCUUAUCGGUACUGUACGCUGUCUUGAUGAGGCUAUUCGAGGCAGGCACACUGCGACUGAAGCCUCAGACGAAGGCGAGGCAAUCGACAGGAACCGUCCUGAGCAGCGGCAUGAUCGUGCUGGUGUUGUGAAGGACAGUAAAUCGCGGCGUAGACAAAGGUAUGGAGACGCUGACUCCAAGACUGCUUUGUCAAAGCACCGUAGGAAUGAGGUGAUGAACACGAAAAGGGAGCACCAUAAGACCAGCCACGAUGACGACAGUGGUGACCAAGUGAAAUCUUCAACCGAAUCUGAGGAAAGUGACGAUGGAGAUGGACAGACAACAGGCAGUGCGGCAGCCACGGGCGUUGACCUGGGUAAGCGCGAUGAACACGGCAGGGUUUGUGCGGCUCACGUGCGUGCCAUCGUCAUCGAUGAGGUGGAUGCGACCCUGGGUCCACGCUUCUCUAAUGUUGGGCGUCGUAUCAAGAACCUUUUUAAAUUCAUUCGCGAGGCGAAUGGAUCACUGAGGAAGGGAAAUUUGCAUGACUUUCGUGUCCAUCACUAUGUUCUGUGUGGAGCCACGAUUCCCAACUGGGUCAUAAAGGCGGGAUUCCUUGGUGUGAAGAAGUAUUAUUAUCAACUUGUCGCCGUUGGUGGAGACAAACUACCAAGUGGUUUAGAAUGCUUCAAAUAUAGAUGCCCAUUAUCUAAACGGGUGGAUGUGGCGACGCAGCUGCUAAGUGAGCACAUCGAUCUUUUUGGUCGUGUCGUCGUGUUCGGCUCUCAUAAACAGGUAGAGGCGUUGGAGAAGACACUUCAGCGGUGUGCGCAAAUGACUUUCACGGGAAUGCCACCUUUAGUUGUUCGCACUCUCACUUCGGACAAGGAUGAGGUGGAGCGCAUAGCGAAUAUGGAGGAUUUCAACCAAAAAGUUGCUUCAGUACUGUUGUGUACGGACAUAGCCGCUCGAGGGCUAGAUUUUGUAGACACAAACACCGUCCUUAUGUUGUCUAUGCCAAUGGGUAAUAUGGCAGUGGAAAAUUUUGUGCACCGCGCCGGCCGUACCGCGCGUGUCAAUCGUGGUGGCCGAUGCAUUGUUUUGUAUGAUAACAUGGACGAGAAUGUCAUGGACUCUGUCCUUAAAUCGGCGCACGUUAUGUUUCGAAAUUUAAUCUUGCCCGCCAAACCCACAGUUGAGUCCUCAUCUUCCAUAUCCCAAGACAAAGCAGAGAGAUUAGGAAAGGCGGCUGCAAUGCCAGAUAGCUUAGUGCGGUUUCGGUUGACGGUAAAAAAUCCUUUUCGAUUGAGCAACCCAGAGGUCAAGGUGCCUGCCGCCCGCGCAGUACUGGAGAAGCAAGUUGGAGAGGAGCUCUUCAAGCAGAUCCAUGACGUGGUAGAGAGUGUUAAGGGCUCCGAGGUAGUCUCUUUUACAGUAUCUGCAGCACUGGUGCAUGAGAUUAAACGCAAACUCUGGAAAUACAGCCUUGAGGAAUUAUCAUAG